AUGGCAGGUCUAAAAGGUAUCUUCAAGAAAGAUAAGGAUAUAGCUUAUCAAUCAGAAUCAUCGUCGUCUUCUCACGGUUCGCUUUCAAAGCUUUUCCAUCACUCCUCCCCAACACCAAACCCAGCCCUGCUCUCCCCAGCCAAUACAAAGACUUCAGCAAACAUCAAGAGAUCCAAUUCCCAUUCUCAUCCUUCUACAACCAAAGCCAUAGAGUCGUCUCUCAACUCAUCAACUCCUCCUCCAAAGACAACUCUUAGUAGAGCAGCCACCCUCGCUCAUAUCCAACAUAUCAAUGAUCGCAACCAUAAGAAAUCGGUAGCUCGUUCGUCGACUUCUACUCCUAAUGAAUGGAAUAAUACUGCAGAAAGCUCCACUACAACAUCAUCAACUAACAAUACUACUACUACUACUACUACUACUACUACAGAUGAAAAACAUCCUGCUACUUCAAAACCUGUGAGAAUGGGCUUACCUCCCGUCAUCCCUUUAUCAAUGUCCAACUCAAGAUCUGGUACACACCAAGGUAAUAAUAGAUCACGAUCGUCUUCAAGUGCUACUCAUGAGAAGAUCGUUUACAAUCCGUUUGGUAUUAAUAAAGAUCAAGUGGUGGACAAUACUCCCAAGUCCACGUCCUUUUACCUCGCCGGUGGAGUUGAUUUCGAAAGACUAGUUGCUAAUCCGGUUAAAGACCCCAAUGAUUAUCUUCCAGAAGAAUUGAGACAACGCCAUGUAAACUUGUUUGAUUGCUAUGAAAUUGAACAUCAGUUGAAAAAGUUGGGUGAUGGAGGUUCUUCUGACGUUAGAAUCAUCAACGCCUUAAAUCAUAAGAAGGAAUUUUAUGCUUUAAAGAAGUUCACUCUUUUAGCAAAGGAAAGUGACGAAGAAUUCUAUAAGCGGAUCAUCAAAGAAUAUAUUUUAUCCAAACGUAUUGCCAAGUCAAGACAUGUUGUUGAUUGUAUUGCACUUGUUCGGAUCCAAUCAAUGGGAUCCCUCACUAGAGGUUGGGGUAUGGUUAUGGAGUUUUGUCAAGGCGGUGAUUUAUUCAAUACCAUUGUAAAACCAGGUUGGAAAAGAGUCCCUCUUACAGAAAGAUACUGCAUUUUUAAGCAAGUUGCUUAUGGAUUGAAGUUUUUACAUGAAUGUGAUAUUGUCCAUCGUGAUUUGAAACCAGAAAAUGUUUUGAUUGAUGCCAAUGGGAUUUGUAAAUUAUGUGAUUUUGGUGUUUCCGAUUAUGGUCAUACAGUUCAUCUGGAUUUCUCUUCGCCAGUUAAAUUAUCAACUGCUUAUGUGGGUUCACCUCCGUAUGUUCCUCCAGAAGUCAUGAAAUUGAAGGAAUUAAGCAGUUCAGAAUUAUCAAAAUGGGCAUACGAUCCCUUUAAAAUGGAUUGUUGGGCUUUAGGUAUGCUCUUGUUUUGUAUUGCCUAUGGAGGUGUUCCCUUUCAAAAAGCUAACAACGAUGAUCAUGGCUUUAGGGAUUAUAAAUUUAACCAUGAUCGAUACUGUUCUGCUCAUCCGUUGUUUAAGAAUAACGGCGGAUGUAGUGAUGGAGAAUAUUCCAAGGGGCCUGGAUCAGAAUUCAAAUGGGCAGCUGCUUUCCAUUCUGUUGGAGCAUCCAGAGUUGCUUGGAAAUUAUGUGAUAUUUCUGUUAACAAUAGAUAUACAUUGGAUUUGUUAUUCAAAGAUCCUUGGUUCACCAGUUUAGAAAUGUGUGUUUAUGAAAACGAUGAUCAAGACGUUUGUUUUAUACCUGGUCAUAGUGAUUUGACUGCUCCACAUACUCACAUUGGAGGUCCUCAGAAUGGUGGUGGUUCAACUUCAAGUCCUUCAACUGGUACUCCUAAUUCAAGGACAAAUUCAAGAAGAGGAACGGCUCAUGAUAUGCCACAAACUCCUAUUAGAUCCAUGCUUGACUUGACUUCACUAGACCCCAAGAAGAAACUCUCGUCACAACAUGCACAUGCCUCCCAAGCCCAAGACGGUGCACCUUCUACUCCAUUGAAAGAUAAUGCUUCAAUUCAUUCCAAUAGCUCAUUGAGUUUUACACCAUUGCAUUUAAAGAAGGAAGAUGCCGUUGAAGGUGGGGAGGUACUUACCUCCGGUGAAAAGGAAGUAGUAGAAGGGGCAGAAAAGGAAGCUAUUCUUCCAGAGGAAAGUGCCAGUGAGAUUCCAAAUUCAAAUAGCUUUGUUAGCUUGUCCAAUGCUGGCAACAAUGCUAAUGCCAAUGCCAUAGAACCGAUUGAAGAGGAAGGAGAAGCUGAAGUGGAAGAAGAUCCACAACAUCGGGAAGUUGCAGCUGCUGAACAACAACAGCAACAACAUAUUGCGGCUGGUUCAGUACCAAUUCCUUCAACUGUUCCCCUUGAACUGUCUAUGAGUGGAACAAUUCCUACACCUUCUGGAACACCUGCGAAUGACAAUGUCAAUGCCCAUGCCCCUGUCCAUGGCUUACCUUCCACUGGGAUAGGCCAUCUUACAGUGAAUACCAAUGUCGCUGCAAGCAAUGAGCCUAGACAUUGUGAGCCACAAGUGUUCAAGAGUAACAGUACAAUUUUAAAGCUUGGAGCUGAUGGAGCCUGUGAGUUGGGGUAUAAGUUGAAGAAACAUCAUCAUUUGGACGUUAGUAAUGUCGCCAUACAAUCUUUUUCUGGUAGUGUACGGAGACGGUAA